AUGCACCAAGACGCCCCUAUGGAUGACAAUUCCACACAUCAGCCUGAUAGGGCUAUCCCAUCGGUAGAGGCAUAUGAUAUUGAAAUGCAAGACUUCAGUCCCAGUUGUGCGAACAAUGACCAGCGACAAUCUGCACAGAGCAAUCGACCGGAUGUACAAAGUGAUCAUCCCCCUCCAGAAGUGUCAUCGCCCCAAAGCCAAGACACCGCUGGCCUUGUUGAAGGCUUUAAAUGUCUGGCUAUCAUCGAUACACGUGGGAAAAAGAAGGCAAACCGCCCCACGGAAAGCGAGUCUCUUGAUCCCAAUGCCACUGUCGAUGGAUGGGGCACGCUGAGAGGAUCCACCUUCGUGAUCGUGCAAGAAGGUCCACCUUACGCGGCCAAAUUCACAUUCAGAUAUGAACCCAACUACACCAACGAUUGCUUCGCCAGUAUUACCGACGAAGACUUCCGAGUCUCGGCAAUUCGAGACCGCACUGCUAGUGGGAAGAAGGUAUACCGGUACACGACCGCCAAUGUCGCCGGCAUUUAUGGAGCACUCUUUGAAAACACAGGCUCCAGAACCUCACACGUAGUCCAUGCUCGUGGGUGA